AUGACGUCGUAUGAUGCGGUCACGGAAGAGGCGCUGCGACGGGCGGUGCGGGACGCGUUCGGGGGCGAGCGAGGGGUUCGCGUAGGACGACGCGUCUCGCGGCGGUUCGACGCGCUGCGCGAAGCGCUGAAAAGAUCGAGCGGCGGACGCGUGGUGAACGCGUUGGAGACGAGCGCGGGUGAAUUAGAUGCGAAACAACUCGAUGGACGAUCAGCUUCGGAGGUAGGCGCAACGAGAGGGCUGGAGGGCGGCGCGCUCGCUUCGUGGGACGACGACAUCGAGUGGGGCGCGCGGUUAAGCAAGCGAAAGCUGCGUAGAGUGGAAUCGCCCGUCGACGUCGAGCGAGCGGGAGAAAAAUCGUCGGUGGAGGUGAAAUAUGACGAACUCGAUGCCGCUGUGUACGCAGUGAUGCGAAGUCCGAUGACGAUGGGGGCAUUGAAGAGGAUUUUGUACGAGACGCGCGAUCGCUUGGGCACGAGUUUCAAGCCGAGGAGCGUUUUAGAUUUUGGGUCGGGGCCGGUCCCGACGACUCUGUUCGCCGUGCGCGCGGUUUUCGGAGAUGAUGUUGGCACGCAUGGCGGGCGUGAUACCGAUGUUAAGGUGGCGUUCGUCGAUAGCAACCCAGGGAUGAUGCGUUUUGCGAGACGCGUGACUGGAUACGCGAAGAAUAUAGAGCAAGAACGUCGAACGACCGCGGCGCUUGAACGCGCGUCGACGACGUCAGAGGACAAAAUAGGUGUUAGUGAAGAGCUCAGCGACGUUUUAGACGACGUCGACGCGUCUGUGACGCGAGUAUUGGACUUUAGCGAUUUCGAAGCGGUGGAGGAUGAGCGCCACGGGUUUCGGCCCGCGAGCGCGUUGAGAUUGAAAACGCCUCACCCUUGGCACGAAAGUGAAGGCAUCCGCACGAGCGCGAGUCUUCGUGGCGCCAAUCGACGAGGUGGAUUUGACGUCGUUGUUUCGUCGUACGCGCUGGGCGAAAUUCCCGAUAAUCACGUCGUCAACGCGCGCGGACGCGAAGUGCGAAAUCAACGACAGCUCGACGUAACGAUUCGUCAGUUAUGGGAUAAAGUCGCUCCGGGUGGCAUCUUAGUCUUGGCCGAACCUGGAACACCGCGAGGGAGCUUACUCAUUCGUCGCGCGAGAGCGAUGCUUCUCGACGUUGCUCGACGCGAUAUGGAACAGGACGCGCGAAGACUCGACUUUGAACCGAGCGAAGACGCCGUGGAGGCGUACGUCGUGGCGCCUUGCCAGCACGACAAAGCGUGUCCGCUCAAGGAUGUCAACGCUGAGGAUGGCUUUUCGACGUGGUGCCACUUUCCUCAGCGAACGCUGCGAAGCGCGUACGUGCGAGAAAUGAAACAUGGCGCCAGACCAUACCAGGAUGAAAAGUUUUCAUACGUCGUACUGCGCAAGAUGCGUCGAAGCGCGGCGCGCAGAGACGCCGAGCGCGCGACGCAAGCCGCUCGCGACGCGCUCGCGGCGCAAAAAUCCGCGACUCCGAACGACGAAAGAAACGGAGACGAAGAAGACGAAGAAGACGAAGACGAAGAAUAUCACGAAAGUCUCGCGCGCGAGUCUUUCGAGGAUUGGUCGCGCGUCAUUCGUCAGCCCAUGAAGCGUAAAGGCCACGUCGUCUUUGAGCUCUGCGCCCCCUCUGGCGAACUCGAGCGCGUCACCGUCGCCAGAUCUCACGGCGAUCUCAUCGGCCGUGACGGCUACAAGUACGCCCGCAAGCUUCGUUGGGGUGAUUUAUGGCCCUUCACGCACAAAACCGUCGUCAAACCCGGCGAUCAGCGCGCGUUCGAGCUCGAGGCUUCGCGUUUCGAGAGCGACUUUCUUCGGUCUCUCCGUCGCGACCGCGCCGCGCGUCUCGUCGCGUCUCCCGCGCCUCUCGACCCGAUCGCGCGCGACGAGAUCGAGAUCGAGCUCGACGACGACGAGCUCGACGACGAGCUCGUCGAUCUUUGGAAUAGCCGCGCCGGCGCGCGCUAGACGCGCCGGUC